AUGGCAGAUAACAGUUUUUCAGAUGGGGUUCCUUCAGAUUCCUUGGAAGCUGCUAAAAAUGCAAGUAACACAGAAAAGCUCACAGAUCAGGUAAUGCAGAAUCCUCAAGUUUUGGCAGCUUUGCAGGAACGACUUGACACUGUCUCCCACACUCCUUCAAGCUACAUCGAGACUUUACCUAAAGCAGUAAAAAGAAGAAUCAACGCAUUGAAGCAGCUCCAGGUGAAAUGUGCACAUAUAGAAGCCAAGUUCUAUGAAGAAGUUCAUGACCUGGAAAGAAAGUAUGCAGCCUUGUACCAGCCUCUCUUUGACAAGAGAAGGGAGUUCAUCACUGGUGACGUCGAGCCGACAGACGCAGAAUCUGAGUGGCACAGUGAGAACGAAGAGGAGGAGAAGCUGGCCGGAGACAUGAAAAAUAAAGCAGUCAUAGCAGAAAAAGAAGCAGCAGCAGCAGAAGAGCCAAACCCCAAAGGCAUUCCGGAGUUCUGGUUUACAAUUUUCAGAAAUGUGGACAUGUUGAGCGAGCUGGUACAGGAAUACGAUGAGCCAAUCUUGAAACACCUGCAGGACAUAAAAGUGAAAUUUUCCGACCCUGGACAGCCUAUGUCUUUUGUAUUAGAGUUCCACUUUGAACCCAACGACUACUUUACCAAUUCAGUCCUGACAAAAACGUACAAGAUGAAGUCAGAGCCAGACAAGGCUGAUCCAUUUUCCUUUGAAGGCCCUGAAAUUGUUGACUGUGACGGGUGUACCAUUGACUGGAAGAAAGGGAAGAACGUGACCGUCAAAACCAUCAAGAAAAAGCAGAAGCAUAAGGGCCGAGGCACCGUGAGAACAAUCACCAAGCAGGUCCCCAACGACUCCUUCUUCAACUUCUUCAGCCCGCUGAGAGCAUCAGGGGAUGGAGAAUCACUGGAUGAAGACUCCGAGUUCACAUUAGCCUCCGACUUUGAGAUCGGACACUUCUUCCGUGAGCGGAUCGUGCCGCGCGCCGUGCUCUACUUCACAGGGGAGGCCAUCGAGGACGACGACAACUUUGAAGAAGGUGAGGAAGGAGAAGAGGAGGAGCUAGAAGGUGACGAGGAAGCAGAAGAUGACGAUGAUGCCGAAAUUAACCCCAAGAAGGAGCCCAGCCAGCCCUCGGAGUGCAAGCAGCAGUGA